AUGGGUAGGUGUAAGGCAACUACACCCGCUUCUUUCUCACUGGGCCUGUGUCUGGAUGUGGGUCUGGGCCUGUGUCUGGGUCUAAGUCUGUGUCUGGGUCUAGGUCUGGAUGUGGGUCUGGGUCUGGGCCUGUGUCUCGGUCUAGGUCUGGAUGUGGGUCUGGGCCUGUGUCUGGGUCUAGGUCUGGAUGUGGGUCUGGGUCUGGGUCUGGGUCUGGGUCUAUGUCUGGAUGUGGGUCUGGGCCUGUGUCUGGGUCUAGGUCUGGAUGUGGGUCUGGGCUUGUGUCUGGGUCUAGGUCUGGAUGUGGGUCUGGGCCUGUGUCUGGGUCUAGGUCUGGAUGUGGGUCUGGGCCUGUGUCUGGGUCUAGGUCUGGAUGUGGGUCUGGGCUUGUGUCUGGGUCUAGGUCUGGAUGUUGGUCUGGGCCUGUGUCUGGGUCUAGGUCUGGAUGUGGGUCUGGGCCUGGGUCUGGGUCUGGGUCUAUGUCUGGAUGUGGGUCUGGGCCUGUGUCUGGGUCUAGGUCUGGAUGUGGGUCUGGGCUUGUGUCUGGGUCUAGGUCUGGAUGUUGGUCUGGAUGUUGGUCUGGGCUUGUGUCUGGGUCUAGGUCUGGAUGUGAGUCUGGGCCUGUGUCUGGGUCUAGGUCUGGAUGUGGGUCUGGGCUUGUGUCUGGGUCUAGGUCUGGAUGUGGGUCUGGGCUUGUGUCUGGGUCUAUGUCUGGAUGUGGGUCUGGGCCUGUGUCUGGGUCUGGUCUGGAUGUCUGGGCCUGUGUCUGGGUCUAGGUCUGGGUCUGGGCCUGUGUCUGGGUCUAGGUCUGGAUGUUGGUCUGGGUUGUGUCUGGGUCUAGGUCUGGAUGUGAGUCUGGGCCUGUGUCUGGGUCUAGGUCUGGAUGUGGGUCUGGGCUUGUGUCUGGGUCUAGGUCUGGAUGUGGGUCUGGGCUUGUGUCUGGGUCUAUGUCUGGAUGUGGGUCUGGGCCUGUGUCUGGGUCUAGGUCUGGAUGUGGGUCUGGGCCUGUGUCUGGGUCUAGGUCUGGAUGUUGGUCUGGGCCUGUGUCUGGGUCUAGGUCUGGAUGUUGGUCUGGGCUUGUGUCUGGGUCUAGGUCUGGAUGUGAGUCUGGGCCUGUGUCUGGGUGUAGGUCUGGAUGUGGGUCUGGGCCUGUGUCUGGGUCUGGGCCUGUGUCUGGGUCUGGGCUUGUGUCUGGGUCUAGGUCUGGAUGUGGGUCUGGGCCUGUGUCUCGGUCUGGGCCUGUGUCUGGGUCUAGAUCUGGAUGUGGGUCUGGGUCUGGGUAUGGGCCUGGGCCUAUGUCUGGGUCUAGGUCUGGAUGUGGGUCUGGGUAUGAGUCUGGGUAUGGGUAUGAGUCUGGGUCUGGGUCUGGGUAUGAGUCUGGGUAUGGGUAUGAGUCUGGGUCUGGGUCUGGGUCUGGGUCUGGAUGUGGCUCUGGGUCUGGGUAUGGGUCAGGAUGCAGACGACAUCGAAUGGAACUGUCGGCCAUGGUAUGAAGUGUCGGAUGACGAUAGUUUGUGUCUCAACUGA